AAGUUCGAAAAAGUGAAAAUGAAAGAUUCUGAGGAUCUAGAGUUGCAGGUUAAUGCAAACGAAAUGUGUCGUACUUGUUUGGGGCAGUUCACCUCGAACCAAUUGAAGCCGAUUUUCUGCAACGAGAUUCUGGAUGGCAAAAUAGUUGCAUUUCCAAAGAUUAUAGAGGCUACCAUGUCUAUAAAGCCCGUUAAAAAUGGAGUGUUUCCGAACAACGUUUGCGUGACCUGUAAAACUAAGCUAAAAGAACUGUUUUCUUUCAAAGAAAAAGUUACGACAUCCCAGGAUUUGCUAUAUGAAAUAUUUGGAAUAGAGAAACCUAUACCUCCAGAGACAACACAGCAAAUCCCGCAGCAUCUGAAAAAGGAAAAGGUUAACUCACUGGUUCAGACUGACAUAAUUAGACUGUCCGAAGGCGAUGAACAUAUUUACAAUCAUUUUCUCUUGAUUGACAAACCCUCAAAACCUAAAUUCAGAGAUAUUUCUACCCAAAACGCACCUUCGUUGAAAGAUACAUUCACUCAAUUUACACCAGAGCAUCAUCAACGACAUGUAUCAAUCCAGGUAGCUCAACCAGCCAAAAAUCUAAAACAUGCAGGAAUUCAAGUUGAAAUUGUUACUGAAGAUAUUUCGAAGGAUCCUCAAUUUGUGGAAAAUGAAUUGCAUGAUGUUACUGAAAUGGAUUUAAUGUACGAAAUAGAAGAAAAUACAUCGUUUUCGGAUAAAGAAGUUACCGAUACCGAAAAUGAAACAAUCGAAGCUCUGGUAGUGGAGAAGAAUGUUAGAGUAAUACCGCAUGAUGAAAACGAGAAGCAGCUUAUAACAGUUACUGCGUCCAAAUCUAACGUUAAAUUAGAACUCGAGUUAGUAAAUGAGAAUGAACAAGAUGAAUGUGUUGCCUACGAAGCUCUCGAUGGGGUAAGCAUUAAUUCGUCAGUAACGUCUGAACCAGUAAGCACAGCUAAAUAUUCAAAAUAUUGCUGUCGAUACUGUCAGUAUAUUACCGACAUUAAGACACUAUACGAUUCACAUAAUGAAAUUCAUCAACAAAGUUUAGAAACUGUCAUAGAUAGUGUUGAUUACUAUCGCUGUGGGACUUGCAAUUUCGUUUUUCCAACCCACGUGGAUUUGGGAAAACAUUUUGAGUCCGCAUCGUGCAGCCCCACUAACCCAAAUGAAUUGAUUGAAUCUGAAGAUGUUGAAAAACACGAGCAAGUUUAUAAAGAACUGGACAUUUGUCUACCACGCCUGAAAUCGUUCCGUAAAAACGAUAUAUCCGAAGUAACCUGCGGAAGAUGUUCGUUAAAUUUCAGUUCCUUGUCGAAUGCCGUAGACCAUUAUGCCGCAACUCACGAUGAAGAUGAUGAUUCGCAUCAGGAAGCGAGUGUGCUUUGGGAAUCGUACGGUUUUAAUAACAUUCAUGUUUGCGGAAUUUGUCACAGCCAGUUUGCAGACGCAAGCUUUAUCCGACAACAUGUUUACUUUCACCGAAACUGGUUUGAUUGUCCAUACAGCUGCGGACAAAGUUUUAACGAUUUUUUUAAAAUGACUGUUCACAUAAACCGCAAGCACUUGCAUGAAAAGUCAACUAAUGUUUCGGCACCGACUUCUGUAAAAAGAGAAAAAACCAUUCCGCAGUCGGAAUCAGUAUGUCAUAUAUGCUUCAAGCGUUUCAUCUCAAAGGCGUCAUUCAAAGUCCAUGUAAAAAACCACUUUGCCGAACGACGGUACAACUGUUCGAUGUGCACGAAGGCAUUCCUCCAGAAGUCUGAUCUAACCAUUCACAUUCGUUCGCAUACUGACGAACGGCCGUUUGCCUGUACCGUUGCCGGUUGUGACAAAAAGUUUCGCACUUCCAGCCACCGGCGAGACCACAUGUCUACUCAUGCCCAAGAGAAAAAGUACCAGUGUGAUGUUUGCCAAAAAUAUUUCAAAGCAGAGCGCAUCUUGCAAGGACAUAUGCGGUUGCAUUCUGGUUUCAAGCCUUUCGAGUGCGGUUUAUGCGGCAAGUGUUUUAGCAGAAAACAUCAUCUAAAACUUCACAUGAAAACACACGAUGCCACAAAUGAAUAACGAGCGCAUGUGGAAAUAUAA